CUGCAGGGGUCUCGGGGCGCACAGGGCUGCCGGGAUUGUCCUCGUGGGUGUCCGCAGUCCGAGAUCGCCGCGUGUUUGUCAUCUGUUUCCUUCGUCCUCCGGGCCCCGGCCGCGCGCAUCCGCCGGGUAGUCCGGGGUCCGUGCGGGGGCGGCGCCGCCUCUCCCUCGGGCCCGGCGGCGGGAAUGCGGUUGCCUUGGCCGGCUGGGCAGCGGGCGGCGGCAGCAAGCGGAACCCGGGUGCACUCGCCGCUGGCCGGGACGCCGCCCUGGCCUGCCCUCGGCUCCCGAGGCCGCCGCUGCGCUCUGGGGCCCGGCGCGGAAUGAGGUGCAGGCCGCGCACCGGCGAGCGCCCGCUCCGCGGCCCCUGGUUCAACGCGGCCGCCCGCGCCUCGCGUGCCCCGGCGCCCACGUUAGAGCCCCGCACUGGCAGCGCUCGCGGAGGCACAGGCCCGCAGAGCGCACGCGACCCGGCCCGGGUCCCGAUCGCCCGGACUCGCCUCUUGGACACCGCCCCAGGUGCGGGGACCCCGACUCGCUGCAGCGCGCGGGCCGCGCUCCGCAUCGCAGAGCUCCUCCAGCCUGGCCCGUGGCUUUGGCCUCCACGGAGCCCGAUCUCCCUGCCUCCCUCCACAUUUCUCCGCAUCCUUUCAACACCCUUCCCGCUGCUCUACCACCUCCCAUUCAUUGCAUCCAUUUCUCCUUCCCGGCUUGGUUCUUCUUCCCAUAACCUCCCCGGCCGGACCCCGCUACCCACCCGGUACAUUCAUGGAAGUUUAGGGCCUGGACGGUGGCCCGGAGUCUGGCCUGAGAGCGCAGCCGGAGCUGCUGGUAGGGCAGAGGAAGAUGUCUGCGCUCAAGCGGAUGAUGCGGGUCUCCAAUCGCUCCCUGAUCGCCUUCAUCUUCUUCUUCUCCCUCUCCACGUCCUGUCUCUAUUUCAUCUAUGUGGCUCCAGGCAUCGCCAACACAUACCUCUUUAUGGUACAAGCUAGAGGCAUCAUGCUGAGAGAGAAUGUGAAAACAAUUGGACACAUGAUCAGGCUGUAUACCAAUAAAAACACUACGCUCAAUGGGACAGAUUAUCCCGAAGGCAAUAAUACAAGUGACUAUCUUGUUCAAACAACAACGUAUCUUCCGCAGAACUUCACGUAUUCACCGCACCUCCCCUGUCCAGAGAAGCUGCCUUACAUGCGGGGAUUCCUCAGUGUCAAUGUGAGUGAAAUCAGUUUUGAUGAAGUCCAUCAGCUCUUCUCCAAGGACUCAGAGAUUGAGCCAGGAGGCCACUGGAGACCCAAGGACUGCAAGCCCAGAUGGAAGGUGGCAGUUCUCAUCCCCUUCCGUAACCGCCAUGAACACCUCCCGAUCUUUUUCCUGCACCUGAUCCCGAUGCUCCAGAAACAGAGGCUGGAAUUUGCCUUUUAUGUCAUCGAACAGACCGGCACACAACCAUUCAAUCGUGCCAUGCUCUUUAACGUGGGUUUCAAAGAGGCCAUGAAGGACAGAGCCUGGGACUGUGUGAUCUUCCACGACGUGGAUCAUCUGCCUGAAAAUGAUCGGAACUAUUACGGAUGCGGGGAGAUGCCGCGGCACUUUGCAGCGAAGCUGGACAAGUACAUGUACAUUCUUCCUUAUAAGGAGUUCUUUGGUGGCGUGAGUGGCCUGACAGUGGAGCAGUUUAGGAAGAUCAAUGGUUUUCCCAAUGCCUUCUGGGGAUGGGGAGGAGAGGAUGACGACCUUUGGAACAGAGUUCACUACUCUGGAUACAAUGUAACCCGGCCAGAGGGGGACUUGGGAAAAUACACAUCUAUUCCCCAUCACCAUCGAGGGGAAGUACAAUUUUUAGGACGGUAUAAAUUACUUCGCUAUUCUAAGGAGCGUCAGUUCAUUGAUGGAUUGAACAAUUUAUUAUACACACCCAAAAUACUGGUUGACAGGCUGUAUACCAAUAUAUCUGUAAACCUCAUGCCGGAGUUAGCACCAGUUGAAGACUAUUAAAAAGAAGUCAUUCUCGUGGUGGGGUAGACCACAGCGCUGAAUCAUGAACUUGGCUUGGAAUGCACUCACCGUGGACGUUAGAGAUUGGUGUGUAUCUCAGUGUCCCAGUCUGUAAAAAGAACCAGCAGUCCUUAAUGUUUACAGCGUGGGCUCCAUCCGUCACACUCCCCACCCUCCUCCCUGCUGGGAGCACCUCCCAUGGCGAGCACUGUCGAGAUACAAACCCAUUGCUUGGGAUUGGAAGUGAAGAAAACUCCCUACACAGAGAAGAUUUUUUUUAUACCGAAAUCUAUAAUUUAAUUCAAGAGAAUGCUUUUAUUUCCGUUCAAACAUAUUUUGUACAUAUGUGAUGUAAAUUAAAUAUGUUCAAAUUGUUGGAAAA